CUCCUCCUCCUUCAGAGGACCGGCCCACCGUCGGUGUCCUCGCGGUUGGCUUGGCUGGGUGACUCCGCGUCAGACUGCUGUCGGCGGCUAGAGGGCCUCCCGCUUUCAGGCGGAAGAUGUCGGAAGGCGCCUCGGCGGAGCGCAGCGACGGACGCGAGGGGCUGGCGUCUGGCGCUCAGGUCAUCGCUCGGGCCCUGAGAGCGCAGGACGUGAGUUACAUGUUUGGCAUCGUAGGCAUCCCGGUGAUCGAAAUCGCCCUUGCUGCCCAGGAGGUGGGCAUCAGAUACGUCGGGAUGAGGAACGAGCAGGCGGCUUGUUAUGCUGCCUCCGCGGUUGGAUAUCUGACAGGCAGGCCGGGAGUUUGCCUUGUUGUUUCUGGUCCAGGUCUCAUCCAUGCUUUGGGUGGUAUGGCAAAUGCAAACAUGAACUGUUGGCCCUUGAUUGUGAUUGGUGGUUCCUCUGAAAGAAGUCAGGAAACAAUGGGAGCCUUCCAGGAGUUUCCUCAGGUUGAAGCUUGUAGAUUAUAUACCAAGUUCUCUGCCCGGCCAAGUAGCAUAGAAGCCAUUCCCUCUAUUAUCGAAAAGGCAGUGAGAAGCAGUAUUUAUGGCCGUCCAGGUGCUUGCUAUGUUGACAUACCAGCAGAUUUUGUGAACCUCCAGGUGAAUGUGAAUUCUAUAAAGUUCGUGGAGUUGUGCAUGCCACCUCCUGUUAGCAUGGCAGAAAGCUCUGCUGUGUGUAUGGCAGCGUCUGUUAUUAGGAGCUCCACACAGCCCCUUCUCAUCAUCGGGAAAGGUGCCGCCUACGCCCGUGCUGAGAAGAGUCUCAGGAAGUUGGUAGAGCAGUGCGGAUUGCCAUUUCUGCCCACCCCGAUGGGCAAGGGCGUUGUCCCUGACAACCACCCACACUGUGUGGCUGCUGCCAGGUCCAGGGCUUUGCAAUUUGCUGAUGUAAUUGUGUUAUUUGGUGCCAGAUUAAAUUGGAUUUUGCAUUUUGGACUGCCUCCAAGAUAUCAGCCAGAUGUGAAGUUUAUCCAGGUUGAUAUCUGUGCAGAAGAGUUGGGGAAUAAUGUAAGGCCCGCCGUGACCUUGCUAGGAGACAUAAAUGCUGUCACUAAACAGCUUUUAGAACAAUUUGAUAAAACACCAUGGCAGUAUCCUCCUGAGAGCAAGUGGUGGAAAAUUCUGAGAGAAAAAAUGAAGAGCAAUGAAGCUUUAUCCAAGGAAUUAGCGUCCCAAAAAUCCCUGCCUAUGAAUUAUUACACAGUAUUCUACCACGUUCAAGAACAACUACCCAGAGACUGUUUUGUGGUGAGUGAAGGAGCAAAUACUAUGGAUAUUGGACGCACUGUGCUUCAAAACUACCUUCCUCGCCACAGGCUUGAUGCUGGUACUUUUGGAACAAUGGGAGUCGGUUUGGGAUUUGCCAUUGCAGCUGCUGUAGUGGCUAAAGAUAGAAACCCAGGGCAGCGGGUCAUCUGUGUGGAAGGAGACAGUGCAUUUGGAUUUUCUGGCAUGGAAGUAGAAACCAUCUGCAGGUACAACUUGCCAAUCAUACUUUUGGUGGUGAAUAAUAAUGGAAUUUACCAAGGUUUUGAUACAGAUAUGUGGAAGGAAAUGUUAAAAUUUGGAGAUGCUACUACAGUGAUCCCUCCAGUAUGUCUUCUGCCACAGUCACAUUAUGAGCAUGUCAUGAUUGCAUUUGGAGGCAAAGGGUAUUUUGUGCAGACACCAGAAGAACUCCAGAAAUCCCUGAUGCAGAGCCUGGCAGACACAACUAAACCCGCUCUUAUCAACAUCUUGAUUGAGCCACAAGCCACGCGCAAAACCCAGGAUUUUCACUGGCUGACUCGCUCUAAUAUGUAAACAAAGAUGUCAAUGCGUGACCUGAGUUUUCUCUUUCCUUUAAGAUGCAAUUUUAUUUUCUACAGUGAAAUUACUAUAAUGUUAAAAUUGUUGUGCAAAAAAAAUAAAAAACAUUUCUAAAUGA